GUGAUGAUUUAAUAAGAAAAUUGGUAGAAUUUGUGCUUCCCCGCCCCCCUGUUUCGCAGUGGAUUGACUCCUGACCGUGUAUUAAAGCCCCGCCUAUUGCUGAAGGGGGCCUGGCAGACUCUGUGUUCACAGAUUCGGUGUACAUCUCAGACAGAGACACAGUUAGUGAGUAUCUGAAAGACGCUAAUAAUGGAGUGGAAACCGAUGGAAAUCAACCCUGAGAUGCUGAACAAAUGUUUGUCUCGUCUGGGUGUGGCAUCGAGCUGGAAGUUCGUGGAUGUCUUGGGUUUGGAAAAUGAAUCCCUCUCCAUGGUACCAUCGCCAGUGUGUGCUUUAAUGUUACUGUUUCCUUUAAGCCAGCAGCAUGAAUCAUACAGGGAGCGUCAAACAUCGGAACUGAGCGGAAAGGGUAUUGACUCAAAAAUCUACUUCGUGAAGCAGACCAUUUCAAAUUCAUGUGGAACUGUUGGUCUUAUCAACACCAUUGCUAACAAUCAAGAUAAACUUGACUUUGUGGAAGGCUCUGUAUUGAAAAAGUUUCUGAAUGAGACUGUGGACCUUUCAGCAGAAGAGAGAGCUAAGCAAUUGGAACAAAACAAGGAGAUUUGUGCUGCACAUGAUGCCACUGCAGAGGAGGGAGAGUGCCGGGUACAUGAAGAUGGUACAAAUUUCCACUUUAUAACUUUUGUUGGUGUAGAUGACCAUCUCUAUGAACUAGAUGGUAGAAUGCCAUUCCCCAUUGACCAUGGAGAAACUUCAAAUGAUCAACUCUUGCAGGAUUCUGCGAAGAUAUGUAGACAAUUUAUGGAACGUGAUCAAGGAGAAGUUCGCUUCACUGCUGUGGCCCUCAGCAAAGCCUCUUGAAUGUCUGUCAAGUGCACAGAACAACUUUAAUGUGCUGUUCUAAGCUUUCUGAAUGCUUUGCUUAAAUUCUGUAUGGAUACUUUUUUAAUCCUUUUGCACUUGUGUAGAAGCUUUAAUGGCUGGCAUUUCUGUACCUCUUGUAACAAAUAUCUUGUUAACUUGGAUAGUAGACCAGUGUUUGCUUUAGAAUAAACUUUUUUUGGGUUGUAAUGUUUCCCAUGCCUAACAUGCAGUGUAAUAGAUGGUCAGUCAUUUCAAUGGCAAAGCAUUGUGCACCUUUUCUGACUAAGUUAAAGGUUGGCUGCAGGGAUUUGUAGAAAGCUUGUUUAGUUCCACAUUGUGCCUAUUUUACAGCUACUCCUGCCAACACUGGCUGUAACUGAAAUAAAAAAAAAUUGAAGCAA